AUUUAUUCAGAUCUGGACGUCGCACGCUCGCAGAUUCGACUUCUUGAAAUACUCCGCGCUGGAGAAGAGGACUCAACGAUCACCUGCUCGCUUUUCCCGGUCAGUAUUCAGAACCCGACCAAAUAUGUAGCGCUUUCCUACACAUGGGGAGAUUCAAGAGCUACAAUUCCGAUCACGAUACUUCACUCUCAGACUGAGUCACAGCCAGGGAUUUCACUACCGAUCACAUACACUCUGGAGGCCGCACUGCGGGAGUUGUACCGGCAGGGCAUCAGAUACGUUUGGGCCGACAUGAUUUGCAUCAAUCAAAAGGACUUCCAGGAGCGAAGCAAUCAAGUGUCGCUCAUGAGCCAGAUCUACGCAAAGGCCACGAAAGUCGUUGCGUGGCUCGGUGCCCCUGAUGAUGCUUCCCGAAUGGUCAUGGCUGCCGUCGCAUCAUCAGAGCUGCAACGGACACCGACGGGGGAUGAUGACGGUAUUCCGACUCCGAAGGUUGUGGAAGCUUUCCAGGCCUUCCUGAGUCGUCCCUAUUUCAGCAGGAUAUGGAUCAUUCAGGAGGUAGCUAAAGCCAAA